CAUGGGGCUGUGGCUGGAAAAAGCACGGCUGCACCACAGCAUCAGAAACUGGCCAGCCUUUGGGAUUCCCCUACUUGCUCUUGAGACUCUAAUAAGACACAGUCUCCUUUCCUGGAUCCCUGCUGGCUUUUUCCCCAUUGGAAAACAAAACACAAGCAAUAUGUGGUGUUUUGGUGUCUUGGUUCUUCUGAAUGUUAUCUUCAUUCAUUUGACAGAUGGCAAGCCUAUUGAAGUCCAGAGUAGAUUAAUUAAACCUGAAAAUUCUCAUAAACAUGCGGGUGAUCUUGGAAACGUAGAGGGAGAGCCCCAUUUCAAUUUUCAGGCUUUCCUGGAGAACUUGAAAGCUGAUUUCCUGAGGAACUUGAACUUAUCAGAAAUACCUUCACAAGAGAAGAUGAAAGAGGAGCCACCCCAAUUCAUGAUUGAUUUGUAUAACCGAUAUACCAAGGACAAGUCUUCCAGCCCCAUAUCCAACAUUGUACGCAGCUUCAGUCCUGAAGAUAUUGCCUCUCUCUCUUCAUUGGAGAUGGAUUCCUUUCAAAAAUACAUGUUGCUUUUCAAUGCCUCCAUCCCAUGGCAUGAAGAAGUCACCAGAGCUGAGCUUAGAAUCCACACUGUUUGUCAGAAGGCGGCAGAAUGUUUCUCUCCCCUUCAAGGAAACAUGCUCAUUUAUGAUGGUGGUCUUGAAGGAAAUCACUGGGAGAAGCCAAAAAGCGUCAAAUCCUUUCUAGUCUCCAAAGAAAUCCAUGAAUGUGGCUGGCUGAUAUUUGAUGUGUCUGGCACUGUGAAAAGGUGGAUCAAGGCAGAAAAAACAAGGACUGCUAGCCAGCUGGAGAUGACUGUGGAAAACCACAUUCAAAGUGAUCUUGCCUGUGGGAAGCUGAAGAUCAGCAUAACACCUGAUUCGCACCAUUUGCCCUUGCUGAUCGUGUUUUCCAAUGAUAAUCAUAACAGAAUCAAGGAGAACCACAGGGACCGUCAGGAAAUGACUGCGCAUGAACAGGAGGCUAUGUUUAAGAACUUAGUAAAGAACAAUACUAUUCAUAAACGAAAAGUUUUGUUGGUCAAUGGAACCCAUCAUUUGUCCUUCAGAAGCAAACGCAGUAUUGAGAACAACCACUGUCGUAGAACUUCUCUCCGUGUGAAUUUCAAAGAAAUUGGCUGGAAUUGGAUCAUUGCACCCCCAGAUUAUGAGGCAUUUGAGUGCAAAGGGGGUUGCUUCUUUCCUUUGACUGAUAAUGUCACCCCAACCAAACAUGCUAUCGUCCAGACACUGGUGCACUACAAGAAUCCCAAGAAAGCUGCCAAAGCCUGUUGUGUUCCCACUAAGCUAGAAGCAAUUUCCAUGCUUUAUAAUGAUGAUGCUGGGACCCCCACUCUGAAAUACCAAUAUGAGGGGAUGAAAGUAGCAGAAUGUGGCUGCAGGUAGUACCAGGGGACCUCUCAUGCAUAAACUAAAUAUCAGAGCUUGGAAGUAACUAGUUACAAGUAACGAAUUACUUGUAAUUUAUUACUUUUUUGAGUAACGAGUGGGUAACUUCAUUACAUUUUGCUGGUAAGAGAACGAGUAGCAACUUAAUUACUUUUGAGGAGUAAUUGUAAUGUUUCCAGCAUUACUUUUGUGCAUUACUUGGGGGGGAGCAGGGGAGGUCUUCUGCUCCUCUGAUUUGUGAAUAAAAAUCAUGCGCUUCAGAUUGGGCUUCUGUGCAGCGUCGUUCCUCCUUCAUGCUCAAUGGGUGCUUAGGAGGCGACAAGGGAGGAGGUGGAGAGCGAGACAGCGUGGAGAAAACAAUUGUUUAAACAUUGACAGGAGUGGAAGGAGAAAAGAACUGGAGGCAAUAUAUAUAUACAAACAAUAUGUGUGUUGGGGUAUCAUCAUUGCUGGGGGUGGGGUGAGGGGAUGUGAUAUUCUGUUAUGCCAUUCUGUUAAUCUUACGGAUAAAAAAAAUUAUUCUACUAACCUCUGUGUGGUGUGUGCUUAUUUUUAAUUUUGUUUUAGGCUACUUAGAUGCCAAGGCCAGCACC